UCCAGCCUCACCAUCCAAUAAUCACACACUACUACCCUGCUUGUACCGGGAAGAACACCAGCUGAGCUACCUUUGCCCAGCAACACCCAUACACGUCCUAGACCCCCUUGUUUGUACGUGUAACUUAGCAAUUAAGCUCAUUUUUUACGCACUUUCACUGUCGACAUGAAGAUCACCGUGUACUCGUCCAAGGCCGUCAAGCCCGAGUAUGGCGCCUGCGGCGUUGCUCCGGGCUGCACCGCCGACGUCGUCCCGCUCACCGUGCUCGACAAGGCCAACUUCGACACGUACAUCUCGGUGAUCUACGCCUUCCACGCACCGGCGCCGCCCAACGACGUCCUCGAGGCCGGGCUGGCCAAGGCGCUGGUGGACUACCGCGAGUGGGCCGGGCGCCUCGGUGUGGACGCCAACGGCGACCGCGCGAUCAUGCUCAACGACGCCGGCGCGCGGUUCGUGGAGGCGACGGCCGACGUGGCGCUCGACAGCGUCAUGCCGCUUAAGCCCACGUCGGAGGUGCUGAACCUGCACCCGAGCGGCGACGACGGACCCGAGGAGUUGAUGCUGAUCCAGGUCACGCGCUUCCCGUGCGGGUCGCUCGUCGUGGGGUUCACCACGCAGCACAUCGUGUCCGACGGCCGCUCCACCGGCAACUUCUUCGUCGCCUGGAGCCAGGCCACCCGCGGCGCCGCCAUCGACCCCGUCCCAGUGCACGACCGCGCUUCCUUCUUCCAUCCCCGCGAACCGCUGCACGUCGAGUACGAGCACCGUGGCGUCGAGUUCAAGCCCUGCGAGAAGGUGCACGACGUUGUAUGUGGUGCUGACGGCGAAGACGACGACGAGGUGGUGGUGAACAAGGUGCACUUCAGCCGGGAGUUCAUCUCCAGGCUCAAGGCGCAGGCGUCGGCUGGCGCGCCCAGGCCGUGCAGCACCCUGCAGUGCGUGGUGGCGCACCUGUGGCGGAGCAUGACGAUGGCGCGCGGGCUCGACGGCGGGGAGAGCACCAGCGUCGCCAUCGCGGUGGACGGGAGAGCGCGGAUGAGCCCGCAGGUGCCGGACGGAUACACCGGCAACGUCAUCCUCUGGGCGCGGCCCACCACGGCGGCAGGUGACCUCGUGGCCAGGCCGUUGAAGCACGCGGUGGAGCUCAUCAGCCGGGAGGUGGCCCGUAUCAACGACGGCUACUUCAAGUCCUUCAUCGACUUCGCCAACUCCGGCGCGGUGGAGAAGGAACGGCUGGUGGCGACGGCCGACGCGGCGGACAUGGUGCUGAGCCCCAACAUCGAGGUGGACAGCUGGCUGCGGAUCCCGUUCUACGACAUGGACUUCGGCGGCGGCCGGCCCUUCUUCUUCAUGCCCAGCUACCUGCCGGUGGAGGGCCUGCUCAUCCUGCUACCGUCCUUCUUGGGCGACGGCAGCGUGGACGCCUACGUGCCACUCUUUAGCCGCGACAUGAACACUUUCAAGAACUGCUGCUACACCCUCGACUAGCUCCGCAUGACGUACCUGCCAAGUGCAAAUGUGUGCCUGAUGUCGGAUCGACGUCAGCUACUCGAGGGUGCAAAUGUGUGCCUGGAGUACUUGCCUAGUUGUAUUUUUGAAGUUCUUGAUUCAAUUGUCGUUGCUGUUUUCGAAGAGUAAAUAAACGAAAUUUUAAUCUUUCA